AUGCGUUCCGCAAUCUUCCUCUCUGCCAUCUCCUUCCUCCCAGCUGCUCUUGCAGCUCCCACCGAGAUCUCAGCCAGAGCUUGUAUUGGCCCAGACGUCAACGCUGCCACCAUCGCCCUCGUCAAGGAAUUUGAGGGCUUCGUUCCGUCUCCUGCUCCUGACCCAAUUGGUCUCCCAACCGUCGGCUAUGGCCAUCUCUGCCAGAGCAAGAACUGCGGGGAAGUUGGCUUCCCAUUCCCUCUCACUGAGGACACUGCCACUCAGCUCCUCUCCCAGGACAUCAAGGCCCCUCAACAGACCAUCACCCUGAAGACCGCUGAUGGUGUCCACCUCAACGAGAACCAGUAUGGUGCCCUGGUCUCCUGGACCUUCAAUGUCGGCCCAGGAAACGUUGCCACUUCCAGCCUCCUUAAGCGUCUCAACGCUCUCGAGGACGUUAACACCGUCCUCCGCGAGGAGCUCCCCAAGUGGAAAUACGCUGGUGGAAAGGUCCUUCCUGGCCUCGUCCGCCGCCGUGCCGCCGAGGUUGCCCUUGGCGAGACUCCCUCCGACGUCCCUGCUUUGCCAGUUGACUGCUAA